AGGAAGUGCUGGCCGGCUGCGAAGGGGCGCCGGGCCGCUCUAGCCGCUCUGGUCGCACAGCUCCUCUGCCAGGCCCCGGGGACCCGCCCCUGCCUUCCCGGGGAAACCAGCAUCCCUGCCCCAGGAUGGACGAGGAGAGUCUGGAGACGGCGCUCCAGACCUAUCGUGCACAGCUGCAGCAGGUGGAGCUGGCCCUGGGCGCCGGCCUGGAUCCCUCGGAGCAGGCCGACCUGCGCCAGCUGCAAGGGGACCUGAAGGAGCUGAUCGAGCUCACUGAGGCCAGCCUGGUGUCUGUGCGGAAGAGCAAGCUGCUGGCCGCCCUGGAUGAAGAGCACCCAGCCCAGGAAGAUGCCGAGUACCUGGCUUUCCAGAAAGCCAUUGCUGAGGCAGUGGAGGUACCAGCAGCCCCUGCAGCAGAAUUGGAGACUGUUCCUAAAGGAGAAGCAGGGCCAGAGCCCUCCAAAGGGGGGCAGGAGGAGGAAGAGAGAGAAGACAGUGGCGAUGAUGAGGAAGAGCUGAGCGGGACGAAGGUGAACGCCCCCUACUACAGCUCGUGGGGCACCCUGGAGUACCACAGCGCCAUGGUCGUGGGCGCCGAGGCGGCCGCGGACGGCUCGGCGGGAGUCCGGGUGCUGUACCUCUACCCCACGCACAAGUCCCUGAAGCCCUGCCCGUUCUUCCUGGAGGGGAAGUGCCGCUUCAAGGAGAACUGCAGGUUCUCCCACGGGCAGGUGGUCUCUCUGGACGAGCUGCGCCCCUUCCAGGACCCGGACCUGAGCUCCCUGCAGGCCGGCUCCGCAUGUCUGGCCAAGCACCAGGACGGCCUCUGGCACUCUGCGCGCAUCACUGAUGUGGACAGUGGCUACUACACAGUCAAGUUCGACUCGCUGCUGCUGAGGGAGGCUGUGGUGGAGGGGGACAGCAUCCUGCCCCCACUGCGCACGGAGGCCGCAGAGUCCUCUGACUCCGACAGCGGCGGCGUGGAUGACUCCAGCUACGCCCGAGUGGUGGAAUCGGGCCCUGCGGACCCCGGGACCUGCAGCUCCGCCUUCGCGGGCUGGGAGGUGCACACGCGGGGCAUCGGCUCCAGACUCCUCGCCAAGAUGGGCUACGAGUUUGGCAAGGGCCUGGGCCGGCACGCGGAGGGCCGGGUGGAGCCCAUCCACGCCGUGGUGCUGCCUCGAGGAAAGUCGCUGGACCGGUGUGCGGAGAUCCUGCAGAAGCGGACCAAGGGCGGCAAGGCAGGCGCCAGCAGGCCCCCCAGGUGCCGGGGGAGGGGGGGUAGGCCUGGGGGCCGCCCGCCACCCCGGAAUGUGUUUGACUUCCUAAACGAAAAGCUGCAAGGCCAGGCUUCGGCCCUGGAGUCUGGGGAGGCCACCCCAGGGAGGAAGAGCAAGGACAUGUAUCAUGCCAGCAAGAGCGCCAAGCGGGCCCUGAGCCUGCGGCUCUUCCAGACCGAGGAGAAGAUUGAGCGGACCCAGCGGGACAUCCGGGGCAUCCAGGAGGCCCUCGCCCGAAACGCCGGCCGACACAGCGCGGCGGCAGCCCAGCUGGAGGAGAAGCUUGCGGGAGCCCAGCGGCAGCUGGGGCAGCUCCGGGCUCAGGAGGCCGGCCUGCAGCGGGAGCAGAGGAAGGCCGACACCCACAAGAAGAUGACUGAGUUCUAGAGACCCACGAGCACCAUGGACAGAGCCCGGGACCCCAGUGUGGGCCACCCUCAGGAAGACCUGCUGUCACCCCAAUACCUCAGAUGCCCCUGAAGAGGGGCCGGCCCACUCCCAGGCGUGCCCUCUUGGCCAGCCUUGCUGACCUGGGACUUGUGGACGCUGCCGAGUGGAGACAGGGCUGCAGGGUCACAUUCUGGACACUUGUCCACCAAGCCUACCUGCCAGUGUCUGGGCAUCUCCUUAUCCAGGACAUUAAAGCGA